GUUGUGUUGAGGAGAUGCGGAAUGCUCUGGUGGUUUUAUCAUCCACCACCUUCUCAACAUACGCCUUUUGGUACGCUUCCUGACAUUUAUGGACUAGUUGCUGGCAUCUCACAGUGCAUUUGCUCUAUAGUUCAGUAUGGUUACUGCCUUCGGCAUGCUGAUAGUCCUUUCAAAGCAUCCCUUUUGCCUGCCAUAUUUCUUAUCUGUUUAGUUGGUUCAAGACUAAGUAAUAACCGGAUGAACGCCAAUACUUCAAGCACGGAAGAAACUUCGUUGCAUCCAAUCCCGGAGUAUUAUGCACCUACAAAUAUACCAUUUCUCGAUAAUCAGGAGGUAGAGGUUGAGGGCAACAUAGAGCAGCAGGAGCAGGAGCAGGAGCGGGAGCAGGAGCUAGAGCGCCUGUUGCAGUCGUUGGAGCAGUUGCGGCGGGAGCGGGAGCGGCUGCUGCAGCGGGAGCUGGACCCGCAGGAGCUGCAUUUGCGGCAGCAGCGGGUGCAGGAGUGGGAGCAGGAGCGGGUGCUGCCUGGGGAGCGUCAGCGGGAGCAGCUACGGCAGUGGUGGGAGCAGCAGAAGCUGCGGCUACAAUCGAAGCUGGACCCGCUGGAGCGAGAGCAGCUGCGGCGGGUGCUGCAGCGACUGCAGGAGCAGCUGGAGACUAAGCUAAAAUAGGAUCCAUAAUUUAUGGGUUUUAUGAUCCAUAAUCUAUCAUAAAUGCUUUUUCAUCAGUUGCUUUUAUUAUCUUCUUACCUCUUACCAAUCAGACAAAAGGAGGGUUUAAAUGUUUGAAAGUUCCUUAAUGCCCUGAGAAAUAAAUGUACUAAAAGAUAGAUUCUUCACACGAGGGCAAAAUAGUAAACGUCAAAUAUUGAAAUAAAAUUUGAAGGACGAGUACAUUCAC